AUGUCCUUGUUGGUUAUUAAAAAGAAGGAAAAGAAAGGAGCUUGCUGCCUGGGCGCUUCUGGUAUUUGUAGUCGUAUUCGUUUUCGUUCUCGUAUUCAUCAGCCCUCUACUCCGCCUCAUUCACAGGUGAACGUGAGCAACACCUGGACCAUGCCGCAGGAGGGUUUGAAUGUGUUCUAUCGUUUCUUCCGUGAUCGCAUCUCCUGGUUUGAGGCUGAUGCCGUUUGCCAGUUCCAUCAUGCCAAUCUGGUGACAGUCGACAACAGUUUUCAAUUUGAUGCAACUCGCGACCUGCUAAGGGAAUUGGAUGUGAACGACAUCGUUUGGAUUGGACUCAUGCGGCCGCAGAACUCGGAUCGUUUCAUGUGGUCCAACUCGCGCCCUCUGGUGGCGGAUACUGGCUACUGGGCCGAGUCCUUGCCGCUAAUGGAUGCUCCGCUCUGCGCUGUCAUCGAUCCCAUACGCGACUAUCGAUGGCACGCGCUGCGCUGCGGCGGACCCGAGACAGCCUCGUUCCUCUGCGAAAUGCCAGUGCCCAGCUGGGCAGACGCCUGCAUUCUGAAGGAGAUGCCCAAUUUGACUAUGCAGUACAUGGCGGACACGGCCAGCAUUGAGCUCAUUAGGAACUGCCAGGAGGAGGGGCUACUGCGGCACACCUGCAAGGGCAAGGAGGAUCGCGAGCGGGCCGUACGCGAGCUGAUCUGUCCCAAGGAGCGCUUGGAGGCGCAGCGGAUCAACGACAUCACAAACUCGCACUUCAAGUCUCUGCAGAUCAUCAAGAGCAUCCGGACCGAUAACAACGAGAACAACGACAUCGAGCUGCUGCCCCUGGUGCCCCGCUAUGCAGCAGCAGGUGUGAAGAUCGAGGUGGACACCGUCGCGCCAGCCGAACGCUUCAGCCUGGACCGCCUCAUGAUGGCCGACGAGCCGGUGCCCGUGGUGCACUACAAUAUACCCGACCAGGUGCCAAUGCCCGUGAAGAAGUCGGCCAAGAAGGUGAACAUCAACGAGGAGUACGACAAGAAGCUGCGGGCCCAGUAUCAAAUGCAGCUGCGCAAGGCAACGCCCAAGCCCCUCGCCCACCUGGACAUGAUGAUGGGCGACCAGCCGGCCCUGAGCGAGGAGCAGCUGCCGGACGAUGUCAGCGACAGCGAUGUCUCCAACGAGAUAUUCGAGCCGCUGCCACACAAGAAGAAGGUAUUGCCACAGGACCUGAGGACCAUGCCGACCAUUGUGGAGGCAACAGCCGCUGCUGCAGCAGCAACAGCAGCCACAGCAGCAACAGCAGCAGCAGGCAGCGAGUCGGCAACAACUGUCAAGCAGCUGGCGACAUCAACUCUAGCGCCUACAGCGGCAGCAGCAGCAGCACCGACAACAACAACUACAACUACAACCACAACAGCAGCACCAACGGCGGCGUCUACAACUACCGCAGCACCUACAACAACAACAACAACAGCAGCUGCAACUGUAACUACAACAAGAAAAGCACCAGCAACAACAGCCCAUGAAAACAUUAUGAUAACAACAACGGGAGCAGCAGCAGCAGCAACAGCAACAGCAGCAACAACAACGGCAACGGAAAUGGAAACGGAUACAGAUACAACAGUUGUUGCCGCCACCGGUAACACGCCCAAUUUAUAUAGUAGCAACACUGACACCACCAACAUCCCAGCAGCAGCAGCAACACCAACAGCAACUGCAACACCAAUACCAGCCGCAACAGCAACGGCAACGGCAACGGCAAUGACGACAGCAAUACCAUUGAGCACGUCGACAACGGUGGGCAUCGCACAUCCCAUUCAUCCGGUGCAGCAGGCACGCGAUGAGUUGUCCCAUCCGCAUGUCAAGGAAACGGCCGACAAUUCGCACUUCAUACCGCCAAUGCUGUUGGUCAAGUCGCACUAUGUGCCGCCAGCGAAGCAUGGGGAGCAUGCCGAGCAUUGGGAGCAUGUUAACAAUGGUCCACUAGCCACGGCAACUGCAACACCAGCAACAACUACAACUGCUGCGGCAUCAACAACAACCCUGCCAACAGCAACAGCAGCAACAGUCGAGCAAAAGAGUCGCCAACAUGUUGUUACGGCUGCAGCAGCAACAACAGCAACAGCAGCGCCAGUUGCAAUCGUGACGUCAACAGCUAGCGCAGCCGGGGCAACAGCAACCGCAGCAGCAUCAACAGCAACAACAACCAUCAAGCCAACGACGAAAACAACAGAGCCGACAGCAGCAAAGGCAGCUAGCAAAGAGCCCGCUACGGAGGCGCCACAGCUGCAAGAAAUAACCGCAACAAAACAGCCAACAGCUAAUGAAAACAGUUCAAAUGCAACCACAGCAACAGCAACACCAGCAGCAACAACAGCAGCAACAACAGCUGUAAAGGUCGCCGCAAAGUUGCAUUUGGAAAGUGAAAGUGUUGCUAUUGCCGGGGCUCAUCCUGAAUCGGAGCCGGAGCAUGAGAGCGCGGAUGUGGAUGAGCUGGAGCUAACGAGCGCCACAACACGGCGCAACUUCCUGCAGGAGGAAACUGAGGCGCCAUUCAAGCCAAAUCGACGACGCUCGCUAACUAAACCGGAAACCGUUAGCUAUUUCAAGAAGAUCUUGGGCUAAACACCCAGCAGCAACUGUAAUUGAAGCGACUUUUACAGUUAGCACACAUUUCCGACACUGUCACACACCCACAGCCACACCUCCGCCACUUUGUACCAGAACAACCCCCUAACCCUCUGCUAUAUAAUUGGUAUUCAAGAGACGAGAAAUCAAAGCUGCAUUGCUGGCAAAUUGAAUCAGUUCAGUUGACGUCGUUGCCUGAUUCAAAGCCACCAAAAGCACCUACUCAACAGCAGCAGCAGCAACAACAACAACAACAACAACAACAGCAGCAGCAGCAGCAGCAGCUAGCAUAUCCACAUUCUGGCCAAAGUUUGUAAAACUUGGCUAUGUCCGCCUUCCACCCCCCGCCCCAGCUCCAAAGCGGAAACUCAAGCUGUUAGUCAACGCCAAGCGGAAACGCAAAGCAGCCGAAAGAAAACUCAAGAACUUGACAGAGAAAGAUAGAUAGUUGGACAGUGAAUAAGAGCGGGACAGACAUAGAUAGAGAGAGAGAGAGAGAGUGAGUGAGAGGGAGAGGGAGAGGUGACAGCAGCAGCUUUCAAUGGGGAGCAUCAAAAAUGUCAAUUCUUUGCAGCACAAACCACAAAGUAACAUCACACACACACACACACAAAUAUAUAUACACAUACAUAUAUGUAAUACACAGCAAUGGCAAUAGAACAGUAAAAAUAUCGAAUUCAGGUGCGCAGUGGGAAAGGUGGUUGCAUACCAAAGGCCAAAUCUAAAGUAUGAUAAAUACUACUAUAAAUGUUUACAGAGCUACUCGUAAUAUACACGUAAGAUACAUACAGCCAUUAGGAGCGUCUGUUUCGUCAAAUUUCGUUUCCUCAACAAGAGAGACAGAAAACAACAGACACACACACACACACACAGGCACACGCAUAUGCGAAAACCACAUAAAAUAAAAGUAGAUUUUGCAGAUCGGUUACGACCGACUGCUCAAUACUCGUUCGCAUAUUCAAACAGCUAGCUCUCUAUAGAGAGAUAAAUAUUAAGAGAUAUUGAAUUACAGUUACAAUUUGCC